AUUUCCGCUUGUGCUCAACAAUGGCGUCCUCCACGGCAGGAGACGGCGUGAGUGAAGCUCAAACAGGGAAAAAAUCCCAAAAGACUAAAAACCAAGUGGAUGAAUCUGAACUCUUGACCGUUCCUGAUGGAUGGAAGGAGCCUGCAUUCACCAAAGACGACAACCCCCGAGGUCUGCUGGAGGAGAGCAGCUUCGCCACCCUCUUCCCCAAAUACAGAGAAGCCUACCUGAAAGAGUGCUGGCCGCUCGUGGAGAAGGCCUUAGGAGAGGCACACAUCAAAGCCUCUCUGGACCUGAUUGAGGGAAGCAUCACGGUACACACCACCAAGAAAACGUUUGACCCUUAUGCCAUCGUGAGAGCCAGAGAUCUCAUCAAGCUGCUGGCCAGGAGUGUCCCAUUUGAACAGGCUGUACGAAUUAAGGAUGACGUGGCAUGUGGGACUCAUAAUUGGGACCUGGUGAGGAACAGGGUUGUGAAGCGAAGACAGCGGCUGAUUGGGCCCAAGGCUCCACCCUAAAAGUGAUUGUGUUUGUUGACCAAGCUGCUAUGUGAUGGUGCAGGUAACACGGUGUCGGCCCUUGGGCCCUUCAAUGGCCUGAAGGAGGUACGCAAAGUGGUGAUGGACACGAUGAAGAACAUUCACCCCAUCUACAACAUCAAGACACUGAUGAUCAAACGGGAGCUGUCCAAAGACCCCGAACUGCGGGUGCAGAGCUGGGAACGCUUCUUGCCCAAGUUCCGCCACAAGAACCUGGCCAAGCGCAGGGAGCCCAAGAAGAAGAGUGUGAAGAAGGAGUACACACCAUUCCCUCCAUCCCAGCCAGACAGCAAGGUUGACAAGGAGUUGGCCACAGGAGAAUUCUUCCUGCGUGAAAGUGUGAAAAAGAGGAAGAAGAUGGAAGAGAUAAAGGUGAAACAAGCAGAGGCUCUGACAAAGAAACAGGAAGAGCGGAACAAAGCUUUCAUUCCUCCUAAAGAGAAGCCAUUGAUGAAGAAAACCACUAAAGCUCCUACAGAAGGCAAGCUGGACAUCGAAGCCAUUAAGGAGAAAGUGAAAAGGGCAAAAACCAAGAAACUGGGGGCUCCCCCAGUGAACCCAGCAACUCCCACCAGCAGUACCAGCAACAAAAAGAAAAAGAGCAAAACAAAAAACAAAGGCUAACCACGCACUUACACCACCCCUGUUGUAAUGUGUACCAUGUGAAAUGGUAUUUGUUUAGCAGUCUUGUUGGACAGAACAAGGACUCUGUAGGGACAAAGGAACAGGAGGCAUACAGUGUGUGUGCUUGGAUCAAAAUGAAUUCCGUCAUGGACGUUUUCUAUUGAGCUACUUCUGUGGUGACGAUUUCCUGUUCAUGUUACAAUCUAUAAUCUUCUAUCUGGACACCAACUCUGUCAAAGGACAUGAACAGACCACCAGAAAAUGAUGAUGUCUUCAUUUGUCUUCUAACUAUUGUUCAGACUUUGUAUGGUCAGUGUUUAUACGUUUCAAAGUAUAUUUUUCCUCCUGAAUACUGAUGUGGAUUCAGGAAGAGGCGGACAAACCGAUGGAAAUGUAAAAUUAAAGGAGGAUUUUUAAACA